AGACAGAGUCAAGAACGGGUCGGAUCAAUUUUCAGCCUAGACCUGAAAGAGAGCUAAAGCUUAAGCUGAAACUCCAAUGCCCAAAAAGAUGAUGACGUCGUGCUUAUAAAAAAAAAGGAUAGUAAGGAACUGUGGGCUGCUGAGCCCAAUAAGCCCAAAACGAGUCAGGGAAGUGGCGGGUAGACAGGUCAACGCGCCCAGCCGCCGGCCACCUAGGUGACUGUGAAACCGAUUGCCGCCGUUAAGAACCUUUUUUUUUAUGGACGGCGAAGCCAACAACCAAACGAGAAAACGAAUAGUAGAACGAGUUGGUCACGUUUUCAUUACAAAAUCCAAAACCCCGUUACUCUCUUCUCUCUUCCCAUCACUUUCUUUCGCCUCCCAUACCGUAUGAUCCCGGACCUCUGCAACAGCGGUUUCCUUCCUCCACCUGCCAACCUCUCUCUCUCUCUCCCCCAUUUCCCACAUUUACAAACAAAAAAACGGCACCCCCUCAUCAGCUUUCCUUCCGCUGUAAAAUCCUAAUCUCAUUUUUUUGGGGAACCCAAGAAAACAGAGGGCAGCGAUGGGCGGCGUUGAUUUCGAAUCUCUAUCGGAAGCUACUUCUGGAGCAAUAGGAUCGCUGCUCAGCACCACCAUUUUGUACCCGCUUGAUACCUGUAAGACCAAGUAUCAGGCAGAGGCUCGCGCCCAUGGCCAGCGGAGAUACAGGCAUCUAUCAGAUGUUCUAUGGGAAGCAAUGUCAAAUGGACAAUUCCUAUCACUAUACCAAGGUUUAGGAACGAAGAACCUACAGUCCUUUAUCUCGCAGUUCGUCUACUUCUAUGGAUACAGCUACUUCAAGAGACUUUACCUCGAAAAGAGCGGUUCCAAGAAGAUUGGAACCAAGGCAAACUUGCUUCUUGCUGCUGCUGCAGGCGCAUGCACUGCCAUUGCCACACAGCCAUUAGACACUGCCGCCUCGAGGAUGCAGACCAGUGCAUUUGGCAAGUCGAAAGGGCUUUGGGACACACUGACGGAAGGGGACUGGAGUAAUGCAUUCGAUGGCCUCGGUAUCUCUCUCUUGCUGACAUCGAACCCUGCAAUUCAGUAUACAGUGUUUGAUCAGCUCAAACUAAAGCUUCUAAAGGGGAAUGAAGCUAGCCUUUCUGCAUUCACAGCAUUUCUCUUGGGUGCAUUGUCGAAGAGCAUCGCCACCUGCUUAACUUAUCCAGCAAUCAGAUGUAAGGUGGUGAUUCAAGCUGCAGACACCGACGAGAAUGGUAACGAUGAUGACGAUAAGAACAAGAAAGCCAAACGGAAGGCAAGCAAGACGCUGUCGGGGGUCGUGUUUGCAGUAUGGCGGAAGGAAGGGAUUACGGGGUUCUUCAAGGGACUGCAAGCUCAGAUCUUGAAGACGGUGCUGAGCUCAGCUUUGCUUCUGAUGAUCAAGGAGAAGAUCGCUGCCACAACUUGGGUUGUUCUACUUGCAAUCAGGAGGUCACUCUUGGCUCAGAAUGGCAGGCUAAAAAGUGCCUGAGGAAGAACGAAUUAUGCCAUGAACUUUCAAGGGAGGUUUGAUGGGUCUGUACAUAUUCAGUAGCUCUAUGAGAAAGGCAGAAGCAAUCCAAGUUUAGUUUUCCUGGUUCAGUAUCAACGGACACACACAGAGCUGGGAAUCAGCUUUAGAGAAUAAAUACUCUACUCUUUUUUCCAUUCAGACUGAGACCCCUUUGUUUUGGGGGUUAAUUCUUGUUUGUUAAUUGUUAGCGGAAUAAUUUGACGAGGGAAACUUACAAUUUCUGUAACCCACGAGGCUUAUUGUUUGGAAUUUGUAUAAUGUUGAUUGUUCUAAGGGCGAAUUGCCAGUUCCUUUAGGGCAUUAUUCAUUGUUUUGGGUUUUCCUUUUCGUACCAUUUCCAGAUAUUCAAGAGUGAAAGUGUGAACAAUUCCAAUAUUUAAUUUAUAAAUUAUCUUUUACUAAUUGAGCUAGAACCGAACUCCUAACGUUAAUAAUAAACCAAGAAUUUAAUAAAUGAAUAAAUGAGUC